AUGGAUAAGUUUAUUCGUCUGGCAGACGCUGUGACAGAAUUUGAGGCCGACUACAACGACACGGCCCAAACUGAUCACACCAAAUACACUCUUGCCAUUCAACAAGAGGAGUUGAAAACGUUAUGGAAGAAAGCGAAGGCAGCAUAUGAGGAAUUAGUAAACUCUGAUACGUUAGAUGCUAAAGCAGUAUCUGCUGUGAAACCAAAAUAUAAAAGCUCGUACGCUGUAUAUUUGCGAUGCAUGUCGAACAUGGCAGAUCUGCAUGCAAAGCUCGUUAAGAGCGAAAAAGACAUAGAAGGUACGUCUGUCCAAGAACACAACAUUCACCUUCCUCCGUGCGAUACGGAAGUGUUCAAAGGCGACUACCUCUCUUGGCCAACAUUCCGAGAUAUGUUUACGGCCAUAUAUAUAUUAAAUAAGCGCCUCACUCCAGUUGAAAAGUUGUUCCAUCUGAACCAAAAAACACUGGGUGAGGCCAAAGACAUAGUGAGGAAGUGUCCUCUCACUAACGAAGGAUUUGCCACAGCGUGGAAAAACCUAACAGAUAGGUACGAGAAUAAACGUAUUCUCGUAAAUUCCCAGUUGCAAAUUCUUUUUAAUUUAAAGGCAAUAGAGAACGAGUGCGGCGUCUCGAUUAAGAAAUUACAGCGAGAUAUAAAUAAUUGCAUCUCAUCACUAAAAAGCCAUAAAAUUGAUAUAUCGAACUGGGAUGCAAUAUUUACUUAUCUCUGCUCAACGAAAUUGCCAGAAAGUACCUUGGCAUUGUGGGAACAAACAAUCGAAGACAAGACGGAGAUAUCGAAGUGGGAGGAUAUGGACAAAUUUCUGUCCAACAGAUUCCAAACACUGGAAACCGUCUCGGGUAUAACGGGUACUAAACUUACAAAAAUUCCCAAGCCCCAUAAUAGUAGGCAUACUAGUGAAACUCCGCAAAAAAGACUUGGUGCCUUCCAAGCAAGUGUAGCUAAAACGACAUGCAAAUUCUGUAAAAGCAAGGACCACAAGUUAUCAAAGUGCGAAAGAUUCAUCAAUUUAACGACGGCCGAUAGAAUCGCCUUCAUUAAGUCGAACCAUGGUUGCUUGAACUGCUUAUCUAAUGGACAUACUGUGUCCAGGUGUACAUGCUCAUUUAAUUGCAGCACUUGUCACCAACGACAUCACACGCUCCUUCAUAUUCAAGCAGUUCAGCCAAAAGCAACUAUGCACCAAAGGCAACAAACAUAUGCAUCAAAAGACUCAGAUAACAUAGCGUCCACUUCGGCACAGGCCCAAGCAAUGCGCGACGCUGCAAGUGCAAAAAAGAACUCAGUGAACAAGGUCACGUCUUGUUUCGCUAAUACUAACAAAGGCGUAUUGCUGGGAACAGCAAGAGUUCAUAUUUUUUAUAACAAUACAAAUUUCUCAGCUCGAGCAUUAAUAGAUUCAGGUUCUGAGUGCUCUUUCAUAACGGAAAGACUCAAACGCAGAAUCAACUUGCCUUCUAAGAGAAUGCAUGCACAGGUAUCUGGUAUCAAUAACACCAUUUCAGCGCAGGUAAAGGAAGCAUGCCUUAUUCAAUUGAGAUCUCCAAUUGAUCCUCUAAUAAACAUCAACACAACCGUGCUGGUGUUGCCUCAAUUAACCGGAAAUCUUCCGACAUGCCAAAUUAAUGCGAUGACUAGCCAAGCUUUCCCGGAUCUGGAAUUAGCAGACAAGAGAUUUUUUAUUAAUGAACAAGUUGAUCUAGUCUUAGGCGGCGACAUUUACGCCCAAAUAAUGUUGAGCGGAAUCCGAAAAAACAUUUUAGGUACGCUUCUGGCGCAGGAGACUGUAUUCGGCUGGAUACUAACCGGUCAAACUGACACGGUUACGCCAGCCAACAAAUGUGUAUCAUUUUUUAACGAGGUCAGCCUCGAUAAGCGUCUCGCGUCUUUCUGGGAAGUGGAAGACAUUCCGAAAAACCAAUCCUACAAUAAAGAUGAAGUUUAUUGUGAAGAACUUUAUAAAAGCACAACAAAGCGAAACGGUGAAGGCAAAUACAUAGUGUCACUGCCAUUUAAGCAGGACUUCCCAAAAGACGUCAAAUUAGGACCCUCUCUAAAAAUCGCUUGCUCACAGUUCUUUAGGAUAGAAAAGCGGUUGGCGAGAGACCCACCUCUGCAAACAGAAUAUAACCGAGUUUUGUCAGAAUACGAGGCAUUAGGUCAUAUGACGCGAAUCGACGUGAAUGUUCCUGCAGAUGCAUGUGACAAUUACUUCUUGCCUCAUCACGCUGUCAGGAAGGACGAAAGCACUACCACCAAAGUAAGGGUAGUUUUUAAUGCAUCGUGUCCGACAUCAAAUGGGGUGAGCCUUAAUGAGGUGCUCUAUCCUGGUCCAGUACUUCAAAAUGAUUUGCCAACAUUAAUACUUCGGUGGAGAUUAUUUAAGUAUGUUUUUAACAGCGACAUCGAAAAGAUGUAUCGCCAAAUCUUACUAAACCCUGACCAAACAAAGUAUCAGCGCAUAAUUUUUCGUACUAAUCCAUCCGAACCCAUAAGACUUUAUGAACUCAAUACUGUGACCUUCGGUGUCAAUUGCGCACCUUACCUGGCGAUUAGAACUCUGCUUCGGUUAGCGAACGACGUGGAAGAUUCGCACCCCAUUGCAUCGGACAUCUUAAGAAAAUACAUGUACGUUGAUGAUGUUUUAGCGGGCGGUCAUACUAUCGAAUCUGCUAUUAAAGCUAAGGACGAGAUCACAACAGUAUUGCAAUCUGCGGCAACAACAGGUUUUAGCGUCAUGUCCGCGCAAGAUGCGCGCAAUGAAAUUAUACGCGAGAAUAUACCUAAAUUAAUCAAAGAAUUGACUGGAUUAGCAGAUGAUGAUGAGAACUUACGCAGCUGUGAACAAAUGGCCUGGUCCAUCAUACGAAACCAUCGCAAUUUGAGUACCAACAGUCAUGAAGUGCGUCGGAAAAUCGAAGGAAUACAGGAGAAAUUCGCAGUCGACAAUAAUCUCGAGUAUGCUGAACAUCUGGGGCGCCUGUGUGAUGAGAUCAUACAACAUCCACUUUGUGUGGAACACUAUGAAGUUGAUGUACAUUGGUCUAUGCUCUUGAAUUUGGCAUACAUUUUACGUUUGGAGCGGAAUAGUUGUGUAAAAUAUAUUGAAUCAAACAGCAAUCCCUUGGCGAUAGUGGACCUCAACGAAAGUACUGAUGAUGCCGAUUAUGUUACAAACUCGCAGAUCGCUGCCAUCGAGUUGACAUACAUACGUUGUCAUCAAUAUUUGGCCAAUAAAUUGAAUAAUGAGUUGCUACAAAUUGCCGCCUCAAAUGCGGACAGCGAUUGUGAUCGACAUGUAGAGCAAUUUCUCAAUGGUAAAAUCGAUGUACAAACAUUUUUAAAUAAUUAUACGCAUUCAAAGAAAGUAAGCGCCGAACGCAAAGCCAAAGAAGAGCGCUUGGGUCACCAACUUAGCGCAUUGGAACGUGCCGGCAUUUAA